UCGGUGUCUGCAGAAAAUACUGUGUUAGGUUGCCGGCGAAAAAUUCGUUUAUUCAAUGUUAAUUGUACCACUUAUGUGAAAUAAAAUAUAAAGAACUUCACGACCAAAACACUACAAAUAUGACUGCGGAGACGCAAACUAAGGCUAAAUUGCCUCACCUUUCGUCUGAUAAGCAACUCACUUUUAUAAAACUGGCUGUUUUGUCAAUGGUAGCGAUUUUAUCAUUUGCCACACGUCUGUUCUCUGUUCUACGAUUUGAGAGUGUUAUCCAUGAGUUUGAUCCUUACUUCAACUAUAGAACUACCAGGUAUCUCACCGAGGAAGGUUUUUACAAGUUUCACAAUUGGUUUGAUGAUAGGGCAUGGUAUCCCUUAGGCCGGAUUAUUGGUGGCACCAUCUACCCUGGUUUGAUGGUCACGUCCACAACACUGUACAACAUUAUGCAGUUUAUGAACAUCACCAUUGAUAUUCGCAAUGUGUGUGUGUUCCUUGCACCGUUUUUCUCAUCCCUCACAACCAUUGUGACAUACCUUUUGACUAAAGAACUAAAGGAUGAAGGUGCGGGGUUGGUGGCUGCAGCCAUGAUCGCUAUCGUGCCGGGCUACAUAAGCCGCUCUGUGGCUGGAAGCUAUGACAAUGAAGGCAUAGCUAUAUUCUGCAUGUUACUUACUUACUACUUCUGGAUCAAAGCUGUCAACACUGGAACUUUGCUGUGGGCUACAAUGACUGCCUUAGCAUACUUUUACAUGGUAUCGUCGUGGGGCGGCUACGUGUUCCUGAUCAACUUGAUCCCGCUGCACGUGCUGGCGCUAAUAGCGCUAGGCCGGUUCUCGGCGCGCGUGUACGUGGCCUACAGCGCGCUCUACUGCGUCGGCACCAUCCUGUCCAUGCAGAUCUCCUUCGUUGGCUUCCAACCCGUGCAGAGCUCCGAGCACAUGCUGGCGCUGGGCACGUUCGGCCUGUGCCAGCUGUACGCGUCCGCGCAGUACCUGCGCACGCGCCUGUCACCGGCCAAUUUCGAGCUGCUCUUCAAGGCGCUGCUCUCCACGCUGCUGGCCACGCUGGGCACCGCCGUCGUCGCGCUCACCAUCACCGGUAAAAUCUCGCCGUGGACUGGCAGAUUCUACUCGUUAUUGGAUCCUUCCUAUGCCAAGAAUCAUAUUCCAAUUAUCGCAUCGGUGUCGGAGCACCAGCCGACGUCGUGGUCGUCGUUCUACUUCGACCUGCAGGUGCUGGUGUUCCUGUUCCCCGCCGGUCUCUACUUCUGCUUCGCCAAGCUCACCGACGCCAACAUCUUCAUUAUCCUCUAUGGAGUUCUCAGUAUCUAUUUUGCUGGCGUGAUGGUCCGGCUGAUGCUGGUGCUAGCGCCGGUGAUGUGCAUCGUGUCGGGCGUGGCCGCCUCCAGCCUGCUCAGCCUUCAUGUCAAGGACAUAGAGCCCAAAGUCGAAAAGCACGACAAGAAAAAGAAGCACGAAUAUAAUUUGGUGUUCCGCUCUGAGGUGGGCGCGCUGUUCGUGUGCGUGCUGGGCUGCCUGCUGGUGUCGUACGUGUUCCACUGCACGUGGGUGACGUCGGAGGCGUACUCGUCGCCGUCCAUCGUGCUGUCGGCGCGCGCGCACGACGGCGCCCGCAUCAUCUUCGACGAUUUCCGCGAGGCCUACACCUGGCUCAAGAUGAACACUCCCGAGGACGCUAAAGUGAUGUCGUGGUGGGACUACGGCUACCAGAUAACGGCGAUGGCGAACCGGACGGUUAUAGUGGACAACAACACCUGGAACAACACGCACAUCUCGCGCGUGGGGCAGGCCAUGGCGUCGGGCGAGGAGCGCGCCUACGAGAUCAUGCGCGAGCUCGACGUCGACUACGUGCUCGUUAUAUUCGGCGGGCUUGUCGGCUACUCUUCUGAUGACAUCAACAAGUUCCUGUGGAUGGUGCGCAUCGGCGGCAGCACGGACCGCGGCGCGCACAUCCGCGAGGCCGACUACUACACGAGCGCGGGCGAGUUCCGCGUCGACGCCGACGGCUCCCACACGCUGCUCAACUGCCUCAUGUACAAGAUGAGCUACUACAAGUUCGGCCUCGUCUACACCGAGGGCGGGCGGCCGCCCGGGUUCGACCGCGUGCGCGGCGCCGAGAUCGGCAACAAGGACUUCAACCUCGACGUGCUGGAGGAGGCCUACACCACCGAGCACUGGCUCGUGCGCAUCUACAAGGUCAAGCCGCUGCCCAACCGCGGCGUCUGAACCCCCACCGUCGUUCUUCUGAGACUCCUUGUACAAACAAAUGUCGUUUAUUUGCACAUGGAAUAGAGCUCUUGUCCUAAAAUUUUAUAAAUCAAAACAAAUGCAACUUUGUUCCUUUUGUGAACUCGUUUUAAAUUAUUGUUAUUAAUUAUGUAUGUACAUUUUUUUGCACAUGGGCUCAGAGCACUUUUUUUCUUUUCAUUCUGUAAUAUCGCUCGUAUUUAGGCCUAGGUAUAGAAACCCACUGUUAAUCAUUUUUACAUUAUGCUCCAUUGAAAACCUUUUCUACGUAAUGCAUCCUAUCCGGACUGAGGUCGUCACUAAUUUAACCUAUUGAGAUUUAUAUCACGAAUAUUUACUGCCUUUAAUACUAUGUAUCAUUAACUAAUAACUUAUCAUUUAUCCAGAAAAAUAAGGGUUUGACCUCGGAAUGAGAGAGAAACUCGGGUAAGUAAUGAAACGUAUACGUACUUAUGGUAUAUUCCAUAGAACAUAUCUUCUUCCUCCUGCCCUUAUCCCACAUUAUGUGGGGUCGGCACAACAUGUUAUUUUCUUCCAUUCUCCUCUAUCUUUACAAUAAACAUAUAAACUCUAAUAGUGUAAUAAGUAUUUAAAAGCAUAACAUUCACUAAGAAUAACGAUUAUAACGAAUAAUAACGAAAAAUAUUAUUUCAUAAUUAAUAACAGCCUUUAAGUAUACUAUCAUUUAUGAUAAAAUUCAUGUAAUAUAAUGUUGAAAUAAUAUAAGUUUAAAAAUAUAUAACAAACAUUACCAAUAAUUCCUUUUUUUUUUUCAUUUGCAUAAACCAUGUUUUUUUUAAUGGUUUAUUCGCUUUCUAGCUCUCAUUCCGAGGUUGAUAUUAUUUUUGGGCAGUGUAAGUAAUGGCUUUCGCUAUACGAGUAAACUUGAUAUUUGAUAAAGUGAACAGAAACUAAUCUCUACCUGUCCAGCACAGUCGCCAUCAAGAUCUCUGUCCUAAGUACAGGUGCUCAAAAAUAUCACACAUAAUUAUUGCAAUAAGGUUAUAUGCUGAUAUUACUCGCUUUGAUUAAUCUGAUAGCAACUGUACGUUCUGGUCAGUCGUUAAGAUUGCUCAUACUACUCUGACUGUCAGUCAUAUAGCAAAAAAGAUACUACUCUGACUGUCAGUCAUAUAGCAAAAAAGGCAGUUAUUGGUUGGGUCUGUCCGUAUGUCAUAGUCAUAAUUUUACUCAGCAACUUAGGUGAUUGUGAAUGUAGUUGUAUUGUGCGAGCUGCUACAAUGUUUUGUAGUUAAAUGUCUAUAAAAAAGGACAGUGCGCGUCUGAAUUACUCUGUAUAUGUUAUAUAUUAACACUAAAAUUUAUUUACGUAGGUAUAAUAGAAAAUUAUCUCUUUUUAUAAAACUGCUACUCAAUUUCUCCAAAAUAUCAAAAAUGCACAACAUUAAUAUUCAAGUUUUCACUUCUGCCGGCACUCCCGGACUGCAACCCAUUUUUUUUUAAUAACGCAAUGCAAUUGACAUUUACUUUCAAUAAUAACAACUUACUAACUUGUUAAGAGAAUGUGGAAGCUAAUAUGAGAGUUUUUAACUGAACAAUAUGGCUGUUAGCUGACGUACAAAUAAAAAAAAAUCUGAAACUCAAUUUUCCCUAUAUAAUCCUAUGAAAGGUCAACUUUCAGAUUAGGAGAGAUGAAAAGUGUAUUUACUUACUUACACUGUGUAUCGUAGUUACAGUGUAUAGAUCAUGUCAUUCAGGACGACGCGUGCCUUGACCGUAUUGUCAUUUUAUUAAAGUUUAAUUAGACAAAUCUGCGCGUCAUUGCGGAUGACACGAACUAUAUUGAAUUUACAUGGUACCCCUGCCAUCAGGGCUUCGCGGGAGAUAUGUGCAGUCAUGGUCCAAUAUCUCCUGGGAUUCGGACGAUCUUGAAAACAUCCUGCCUAAGCUGGUUAUCUCGUCAACUUGUUAGAAGUCUGUAGCAAACGCUAGUAACUAGUAAAAAAAUCAAUACUUUCUAAUGCUUUGAAAUUAAUAGUUCAUCUUAUUGUACAUUUAUUUUUUAACAUAAUACUUAUAUUAUUUUACCAUAUCGAAGAAAGCACAAAAUACAGUGUUUAUGUAUUAUCGUUAUAAGAAUAUUACUUUUUUGAUAUAAAAACCAGCUUGGACAUUAAUUUUACGUUAGCACUUAGCUUCAAACACAAUUGAAGAAUCUAGGGCGUAAACGAUAAAAAUAUUGUUUAUAAAAUAUGCUUUUUGCACAUGAUACAGUCAAGGUAUUAAAUAUCGACACGUACAAAGUGCCAAAAAUAUGUACACACGACCUUAUUGCCUAUACAUUAAAGUAGUGUAUACAUAUUUUUGGCACUUUAUCCGUGUCGAUAUUUAAUACCUUGACUUUGCGUAUAUACUAUACCUGCCAUAACUUUUAAAUUUGUUAAUUUUCUCUCUAAACAUCAAAUAAAGUACAUUUAACUAUACUUUCAAUUGCCUAUACUAGACCAAAGGAAUAGUUCCCGAUUUGCCGGAUUUAGUUAGUACGUCACAAUCUGUCUAAACCAAAACCCGACGAAACAAGAAUCUGGCGAAUCGGGGACUAUUCAACCAAAAAAAACUUUAAAUCAUGUUUAUCCUCUGGAGUUUUCAAUUACUGCUUUUCACAUCUGAAAAACUGUCACACAUGAAAGUCUUGCCCUAGAGCUAGACUGAGGCCCUCAGCACGCUGCGCGUAAGCAUAAGAGACGCGUAAGCGUAUCGCGAUACGCGCGUAGAAAGAGAGCGCUACCAGCACCUACAAGUUCAAAUAAGCCCGCACACGAAGCGUAGUCGUAGCUUAGCGUAUGAUAUUUCUCUCGUCAUUAAGACAGACGUAGCGUCGUACUACAGGCGUAAAAAUUCUGACAUAAUCAAAUAAUAAAAAAUAUUCAUUUGACGAGAAUUAAGAUCGUCGACACAUCUGCUAAAGACAUCUGACGCCAGUGACGCCAUGAUUUCAACUAAUAGUAUUUCACUUAUAACACGAUUACGCUUACUCGACGCUUAGUGCCCAGAACUCUGCGCGUCUUGUACUCGUAACGUUUUUACGAUACGCUUACGCUCCGUGUGCUGAGGGGCCAACUCUUGCUCACUACAGUCAUCGAGCGAAGCAGUUUGCGACGCCCUAAGUAUUGUUUUUUAUUAUCAUUCAUCCAAUUUAUUGUGAAGUAUUGUACUUUGUACAGUACCGGCCAAUAAUGUACACCUGUGUUGUGUGAGCAUGCAUAGAGUAAACAAUAUAAAGUUCGUAGAUUCCAUAUUUUACUACAUAGUCAUUUUAUACAAAAAUAUGAUGAAUACUGCAAUGAAAUACUGUGAAUUACAAUAGGCUCUAAUUUAAGUUUAUUAUAAUAAAAGACGAUGGAAUUAUACGUAUUACGGGACCACUCUGGACAACGGUGCCAAGAGCGAGGCGAUACUGGAAGGAGUUGGAGGAGGCCUUUGCCGGCAGGCCGACAGGCACACUGAACUAAGAAACUUCAUAUGACUAUUCAAGACAAAAGAAAAACAACAAACAUGUUCAGAUCAAAGGGGAUAAAUAUAUAAAAAUGUUUAAAAAAAAACACUGUUUAUGAGACUAAUUUUCUCAUCGCUGGCACAAGGACUACUACUAGACUACCUAAAGUUAGUAAGCAAGGUGGAAAUCAUAUACCAAUAAGUAAAAAAAAAGUUCUACCGUAAAAACAUAGAGGUGAUAUAUUAUAUUGGUCGGUACUUUAGGUACUAUGUCGCUAUUCGUGCAAUAUGUUUUUUUGCAGUGAACAUGAUUUCCUAACUUCUUUAUUAUAUUUAUGAGGUUUUUUACUUCUAGAAUCGUCAGUUUAUAUUGUGCGCAAUUAAUGUAUGUUAGUCGGGUAUAUUUUGUCCUAUAAUGUCAAACCGAUUCAUGGAAGUUGUAAUUUUUUUUAUUUUUAUGUAAAAUAAAACGAUUAAAAUAAUUUA